AUGGAGGACGAGCUCUACUCGCUUCCUCAACAGGGCCAUGAUGAUAUUUCGGAGUACAUCAUGUUGAACGGAUCACAGGAAUCUUUCAGACAAGGCGAAGACGAAAACAUAGCCCACAGCGUCCAGGAUCAGGUAUCGGGCUUUGGUUUACCACCCCAUCAGCAGUCUGUUUACGACAAUAUUUACAACUCCUAUGCAAAUCCGAACCUUUAUGCCAACGUUACCUUUCCUGACGAAUUAUACGACUACGCUCAACAAGACAACUACAGAUACUCCAACGACGAACAUGAAAAUAUCGACCCGAAAGCAGCCAUGAACACGACGCAUCAAGAUGCCAAGCCAUCGGAACCUGAUCAAGAAGUGAUGUUGAUACCUCAAGACGACUACAUAGUGUAUGACCCCGCUCAUACCGAACAGCAAUUCCUGCCGGAAAUCCUGCAGUGGGAAUUUAAUCACAAGUCGUUCCCACAGUCCAACGAGCUGAAUAUAUUCAAGACCGACGACGUGUAUUUAGAUGAAGAGUUCAGCGACGAUGACGAGGACGAAGAAGACCAGAACAAGCUGGACGACAUGGAAAUGGAUCUGGACGACUUGAGCAGCGAAAGCAGCUUGGACGAGGAAAACGAUAACUACGUGAUGAAAUCCGACGAGUUUCGGGUCUCGAAUACUCCAGAGAACACCGACAGCUCUAUCUACUCGCUAACUACACCGCAAACAAUCAACCCAAGACUGGUUCAGCAGGACGAUAUGAUGGAUAACAACGCAGCAGUGUUUGACGAUGACGACGAAAUGGACGAUGACGAAAAGAACUACUCAGAUGCUAGUGAUGAUUUGUACACGCCGGCAUUCGAGCAAAGACGCGAAAGCGUGCUCUCCGAGCGCCGGCCGCCAGUGCUCAAGUCCGAGGUCCAGAAGGUUCCAGCUCCGUCGUUGAGAAAACUGAAAACGUCGCGUCGGACAGCCACUCCUCCCGUGGAGGAAGCCAAAGAAGCAGAGGAGGAGGAGCACGUUUGCUACAUUGCUAAUCCGAAGACGGGAAAGCCAUGUAACAAGAAAUUCUCGAGACCCUAUGAUCUGGUGAGACACCAGAACACGAUCCAUGCUCCUAAGCGGUCGUUCUACCGGUGUAUGUUUUGCGAGGACGAUCUGAGAAGACGCAACAACAUGGAGUCGAAUAACGAGAUCGUGUUGAAGCUGAAUUACCGGAACACUCCGUUUUCGGUGGAGAAUUCGAACGCGAACGUUGCGAACUCGCACAACUCCAAGAAGGUGAAGUCUUCGAUGGACAACGGCGAGUUCUUGAGCAACAAGACGUUUUCUCGGUGCGAUGCUCUCACAAGGCAUUUGCGGUUCAGACACGGUCUGAACAACCAGCAGGUCAACGAUGCCAUGGAUUAUGCGAAGAAGCAUGUUGAGUAUUACGAGAACUGA